AUGUCCCGAAGCAGCUGUGACUCUGAGCUGUCGGCCCCUUCCCGGGAUCUGCCGGCUGCUGAGCGCACCACACAGAAGAUCAAGACUCUGGUUCCUGCACCCAUCCUGAGGAGCACCCCCCCACCUUGUGCUGCAGACUGUGUGCCUGCGAUUGCGGGGGGCGGUUGUGUCUGGGGAACUGCCAGCGCUGUCCCUUGGCUGUGCGGUAUUUGCAGCACUGACGGACGCGUGCGCUCUUCUCCCUCUCUUUCUCAGGAACUCUUUGCAGAGUUUGGGACCUUGAAGAAGGCAGCUGUGCACUAUGACAGAUCUGGCCGCAGUCUAGGGACAGCGGACGUGCAUUUUGAAAGGAAGGCAGAUGCUCUGAAAGCGAUGAAGCAGUACAACGGAGUCCCCUUGGACGGGCGCCCCAUGAACAUUCAGCUGGUCACGUCACAGAUCGACACACAGAGGAGACCAGCACAGAGUGUAAACAGAGGUGGCAUGACCAGAAACCGCGGUGGCUCAGGAGGAUUUGGUGGUGGAGGAGGCAACAGGCGAGGUACUCGUGGCGGGAACAGAGGGAGAGGCAGAGGAGCUGGAAGAACUUCCAAACAGCAGCUCUCCGCAGAAGAACUAGAUGCACAGCUGGAUGCUUACAAUGCCAGGAUGGACACCAGCUAAAGCAGCGGGCGGCGGGCGCAGGGAAGGACUCCGCUCUGGCUCCACGCUCCCCGGCGGCGCUGCGGCUGCGGCUACUAAUACCGAGGCUGGGAUUUGUUUUACUUUUGCGUUCUGGGAUAGGUUUUAAACUCCUGUAAAGGUUUUUUUUAAUUCCGAAGCAGACCUGUUUUGUACCGAGUUAUUUUUGGGAUAAAUUUUACUGGUUGCCUGUUGGGCCGAGGUGGCUUUUUCACCUUUGCCGUAAUAAAAUAGA